CUAUUACUUCCUGCUGCUACGCAUCGCUUUUAAUCUGUCUAUUCAACUCAACCUCCGAUACGCGGCGGGUUGCGCGUCGCGGUGUAGCGCACCUUGGUCUCCGGUGUGUCCCAAUGGGCUACUACAUCUAGGCCCCGGCUUUCACUUUCCUUUACCCACUUGUGGACGGCAGCAGUGCCUGUCAGGGUGUGGGGGGUUUGCUGUUGACGCAUCAGAUACGUCUUGCUGCAUCUGGCAGGCCUUGCUACACAGGGGUAGCAGUCUACUCUGUAGAUCGGUGAUCUAUCUCAUUGGGAAACCCCAUCCCAUCCCUCCUCUGCCCCCAAACUAUUCGAGGGAGAGGGGCAAGUGGAGAGUGUGUGAGAGAGAGACACAGCACAGCAUAGCACAGCACAGCCAAAAUGGAGACGGCCAUCCGGUGGUCUCCGUCCUCUACCACGAGCGAGCAGCACUUUCUGUCCGUGGACGUGGUCAACAAAGCCUUCCGCCUGUGCCGGGUGACCGCAUUCGACGGCCACCACCGCCUCGAGCAUGAGGUUCUGUCGACACACACCAAGGUGCCCGCCUUCCGGGCCUUCGAUUGGUCCCCCAUGGACGAGUCGCUGGUCGCAGUGGGCCAGUCCUCGGGCGACGCAACCAUUUUACGGAUGACGGGCGAGGCCCAGGAGUCCUUCUCCUUCCCCAUCCGCCACCAGCGCUACUGCAACGCCGUGGCCUUUAGUACGCACGGCUUGCUGGCUGCUGGCCUGGACCGCGUCCGCAAUGAUUUCUGCCUCAACAUCUGGGACGUCAACCAGCGCUUGACGAUGAAGGCCCCCGCCACCAAGGGGUUUGUGGAGCCGCUGCGCAAGUUGGCGAGCUCCGAGCCGAUCACCAGUAUCAAGUUCUUCAGGGAUCAGCCGGACACCUUAGUCACGGGCGUGAAGGGCCAGUUUGUGAGAAUCUAUGACCUUCGAGAGGGCCCAGGAAACCCGUCGUUGCAGUUUCCAACGCGCUGCGUUCAUAAUCUGGCUAUCAACUGGCUGGAUGAGAAUUAUAUCGCUUCAUGCCAGGGCACGAAUGAUCCGGUGAUCUGCGUCUGGGAUCGGCGCAUCGGGUCGCGCUUCAUCACGCCGGCUGUGGGGGCGGCUACCGGUCUCGAUGCCGGCCAGGCUGGCCCGGCGCUGGAGUUGAAGAAUGCCGUUGCACCAAAGUCGAGUAUCUGGAGCCUACGCUUCUCCCGGACCAAGCGAGGCUGUCUGGCGGCCUUGGCCAACACGGGUCAUCUCAAGACGUAUGACAUCGCUAAGGAGUACUUGGCAGAAGAGAUGCGGUCUUCGGUCGACGAGACACUGGGGCAAGGCUCGGCCUGCAGCUAUCCGGAACAGAUUUAUACCAAAUAUGAGCGGGACAUUGUCGGUCCUUUCAACCAUCCGACCCGUGGCUAUGCCGAGGAGGACAGGGUGGUGGCUUUCGACUUUCUCAACAUGAGCUCCGGAAACGAACCUAGCGCGAUCACGAUGAAUGGGACGGGGCAGAUCAGUAUCGUCACGUCCAAGCCGCCCUCGCCUCCGGUGCGGCUCUCGUCGCAAGGCUCCUUGAUCUGGGGCUCGUGUGAUGAUGAUUCCGACUUCCAAGUGAUCAGCCCUCCGGUCAACAAUCCGGAGACUCGCAUCUCGGACAUUGUGAGCGAAUUGCGCGCCAGGGUGUCGGCUCAGAGUGACGCGCCAGAAGUCCGGUCGGAGAGUCCGCUUUCGAGCCGCAAGGCAAGAGAGCGUGCCAUCUCGCUCGGCACGUCAGGCGAACCUCUUGCCGUGGAAGAUGCAUUGACGUUACUGUCCAUUAGUAGGCUGCGAUGCAAGGAGGGCUAUCUCUAUGACGAAUCGCGGAAUAAGAGGAUACUGGCGGAUGAUCCGUGUCUCCAAGGCUUCUGGGAUUGGAUCGAACGGGCACGGUCUGACUCUUCAAAUGAAUCCAUGAUCAUUGACGGAUUGGAUCUGAACUACUUGGGCGUUUACGAUGUGUGGACCAGCGACCUAGGAGAGAGCUUGGAAGCUCGGCGUGUUAGCUCAGACUCACCGUCGGACAUCAGCGAAACAAUCGUCCAUCUGGUUCGCGAGCAGCUGAACCUACCGGAAACGAAAGGCUGCGAGACGGACUAUGCUGAGCAUCGACGGUUGUGCCUUCGAAUCUGCGGGGCCGCGCAAUCCCACCGUGAAUUGGAAGAGCUAGUCAAGACUCUAUCGGCAGAGAAACAGCACACGAAAGCAGCCGCGUUGGCCAUCUUCCAGGACGAGCCGAAGCUGGCAUACCUGGCACUAAGAAGCCACGAGCCCACGCAAGCGCACAAGCUACUCGCUAUGGCUAUUGCCGGCGCCGUCAAGGGCGACACCGACUCCGACUGGGAGGAAACCUGCGCCGAAAUCGCCAAGGAAUUGACGGACCCGUACGCGCGGGCGAUCCUCGCGCUUGUCAGUCGAGGAGACUGGCAUUCGGUGAUCCAGGAGACCACGCUCCCGCUGCGGUAUCGCAUCGAAGUCGCCCUGCGCUGGCUGCCGGACGACGACCUCACCACGUACUUGCACGAAACGACGCAGGAAGUCAUUCGACAAGGCGAUAUCGAGGGCGUCGUUCUAACGGGUCUGGGCCACUCGGCCAUGGACUUGUUCCAGUCCUACAUCAACAAAUUCAACGACAUCCAGACCGCGGUGCUCGCGAUGAGCUACACCGUCCCGCGCUUCAUCAACAAUGCGCCGUACCGGACUCAAUUCCAGGCCUGGCGCGAGACAUACCGGUGGCAGAUCAACUCGUGGAAACUGCAGCUGGAACGGGCGCGGUUCGACGUGGGAUCCCGCAAGUUCGCCGUGACCUGGGACGGUCGCAAAUUGAUGGAACCCCCGCGGCAGCAGAUCAGUCUCACCUGCAACUACUGCACGCGACCGCUCACGCAGCACGACGCCUCGUCGCAGCUCACCCAGUCCGCCACGGGCGAGGUGGUGCACCCGACGGCAGGCAACCCGCUCGGGACGGCCGCCAUGUCCGGCACGGUGUGUCCCCGGUGCGGUCGACAUAUGCCCCGUUGCGGGGUGUGCACGCUCUGGCUGGGGUCGCCCGAUCCAAUGUCCAAGGCGUACGUGGCGGCCGAUGCGGGGACGGAAUCGCGUCGGCCGAGCGAGACCGAGUUGAUGCGGCGGUUUAUUGUGUUCUGUAUCAAUUGCAACCACGGCUUCCAUGCGCAUCACGCGCGCGAGUGGUUCGCGAAGCACAAGGUCUGUCCGGUGGCGGAGUGUAGCUGUAUUUGUGAUCGAUGAUUACUGUUUAAUAUACCCUUUAGCUUUAGCAUCACGAGAUG